AUGUUUAAAUGACUCAGUAAGCCCGAACAGAGCUUAAUUAGCUUUGCACCCAUAUCAUAGACCAAGUUAGCUUGCAAGAGAACGCAAAACAUACACCAGCAUGACCACGCCUUCGCGACCCCAUUCCCAGCCGCUGCCAAAAAUCCUACUCCUUGUCCUACUUUCAGCGACGAUUCCUCACUUGAUCCCGGAGGCUGCUGCUGCUGAGCAAGAUGAGCAGCAGCCGAUCACACUUGCGGGUUGCCCCGACAAGUGCGGCAACAUAAGCAUUCCCUACCCAUUCGGCAUGAAGCCUGGGUGCUUCCGAGAGGGCUUCCAGGUCACCUGCAACGACUCCUUCAAUCCUCAUCGUGCCUACGAGGUGCUACCCAAUAGAUACCCGAGGGGCGUCCCUUUCGUGAUCGAUUUCUCCAUCCCGAAGGGUUCAUGUCCGGCGAAAGGCCAGCCGCCACCUUCAGACUACGCCUGCGUCAGCGGCAACAGCUCCUGUGCCAACACGACUACUGGCCAGGGGUAUGUUUGCAAGUGCUGGGACCACUACGAAGGCAACCCUUACAUCGUCAAUGGAUGCCAAGACAUCAAUGAGUGCGAGCUCCGCGAUUUGUAUCCUUGCUCCGCUGACGGGGUAUGCAAAAAUAAGUUAGGAGGCUAUGACUGUCCAUGUAAACCAGGAAUGAAAGGCGACGGCAUAAAAGGAACCUGCACAGAUAAAUUCCCCGCAACAGCACGGGUGAUUUUGGGUGGAAUAGGUGGUGUUUUUAUCAUAGCAGCCAUAUCAUUCCUUAUUCUUCUUCGCAAAGAGAAAAAGAAAACUAGACAAUUUUAUGAGAAGAACGGUGGGCAUACAUUAGAGAAGGCAAAAUUCAUAAAACUGUUUGAAAAGGACAGGCUCAAGCCAAUUUUUAAGAGUAGCAAUUUUAUUGGGAAAGGUGGCUUUGGUGAAGUUUACAAGGGAAUUCUUGAUAAUGAACCAGUCGCAGUGAAGAAGCCGAUUAGUGGUAGUGUGCUAGAGAAUGAACAGUUUGCAAAUGAAGUCAUCAUUCAAUCUCAAGUCAUCCACAAGAACAUCGUUAGGCUCAUAGGUUGUUGCCUAGAAGUCGAAGCCCCGAUUCUAGUCUAUGAGUUUCUCUGCAGUGGUAGCCUCGAUGACAUUCUUCACGGCAAAAACAAGGUGCCCCUCAACUUGGGUGUGCGUUUAAGUAUUGCUACAGAAUCAGCAGAUGGUCUGGUUUAUAUGCACUCAAAAACCAAUAUCAAGAUCCUACAUGGUGACGUUAAACCAGCAAAUAUACUUUUGGAUGAAAAGUUUGUGCCAAAGAUUUCAGACUUUGGUAUAUCAAGGUUGAUUGCGAGAGACAAACAGCACACAGGAUCUAUUAUUGGUGACAUGAGUUAUAUGGAUCCAGUAUAUCUGCAGACAGGCCGACUAACAGAAAAAAGUGAUGUAUACAGUUUUGGAGUUGUCAUCUUGGAGCUUAUUAGUAGGAAGAAAGCCACACAUUCCGAGGGUAGUAGCUUAGUGAUCAAUUUCCUUGAAGCUUACAAAAAAGAGAGGAAAGCAACUCACUUGUUUGACAAGGAAAUUAUUGUAACUGAAGAUUUGGAGAUUCUGGAUAGUUUGACAGGGAUCGCCGUGGAAUGUCUUAGCCUUGAUGUGGAUCAAAGGCCAUCGAUGACAGACAUAUUCAAUCGCCUUUUCAUAUUGAAUCAAUCCCAUAAGUCGCAACUUGUUUGUGAACUAUAGUCAGGUUGUCUAUAUUUGUCGAGAUAGGAAACUAUGGAUGGGACAAUGCGUAUAUUUGUAUUGCUGUUGUGGAUAAAAUACUUCAACUAGAAGGAGGGGAGUCGCCCUUUGUCCCAUGAAAAUAUGUAGUGUAACUCAUUGAGUAACCCUGUGUGUUUACUGCCAAAUGUAUGUGUUAGUUCAUCAAAUCAAAUGUCACUGGUACUAGGUUCAGUUUAUUCAUAAAUAAUGAUCAUUGUUUAGUGUAUAGGGCAUGCAUCUUCACUAUGGCUGGUCAAAAGUUGUAAAUUAUUUUAUUUGACAUUGUUCACGAGUCGUAACUUGUUAAUA